GCAAAGGAGGGAACUGGAGGUCGGUCGAAAAGUGUCAUGGCGUCAUUGCUGUGUUGUCUCUCAAGUGGACUUUGUUUUUGUCUGCAAUUUCAGUGAUUUCUGACGCAUUUGGUGACUUAGAAAAGUUUCAAGAAUGUCGCCUAGCAUCGGCGUGAACCUUCGGGUAACUGGUCACAGCCACCAAGGCGGCCGAAAGUACAUGGAAGACAUUUUUUCCGUGGCCUACCAGUCAACGGCUGACGAGAAGGACCUCGAGUACGCCUUCUUUGGCAUCUUCGACGGCCACGGUGGUCGUGAGGCGGCCCAGUAUGCCAAGGACCACUUGAUGGACUUGAUUGUGAAACAAAAAAACUUUUGGUCGGACCGCGAUGAAGACGUCCUGCGUGCCAUCACUGACGGCUUUGUUGCCACCCACAACGCUAUGUGGAGCGUAGUUGAAACGUGGCCCAAAACGUCAAGUGGGCUGCCAAGUACGUCUGGAACGACAGCCAGUGUCGCCUUCAUCAGAAGGGGUCGCAUCUAUAUAGGUCAUGUUGGUGACUCGGGAAUUGUUCUCGGCUGUUCUGAUGAUCGGGAAGAAGAGUGGAAGGCAAUGCCUUUGACAAACGACCACAAGCCUGAAUGUGAAAAGGAGUCAAGAAGAAUUCACGAUGCUGGAGGCAAAGUUGUGAAUAAAAUGGGAGUACCUCGAGUGGUAUGGAAUCGGCCGAAGCCUGGGCACAAAGGUCCCAUUCGCCGCUCAACACCCUUUGACGAGGUUCCUUUCCUGGCCGUUGCACGCGCCCUUGGUGAUCUCUGGAGUCACAACCAGGAGCAGGACUCAUUUGUGGUUUCACCUGUGCCUGAUGUGCAUGUCCUGGCAGCUGAUGCCAGCAAGCACCGUUGCCUGGUCCUCGGCACUGAUGGUCUCUGGAACGUAAUGACGCCUCAACAAGCUGUGCAGAUUGUCCAGCAAACUGAACGUUUCAACGAGUCUUGCUACGAAGAGUCGCAGGAAUCUUGGAUAAAUCCUUCUCACUGCUUGGUCGAGAGAGCCUUGCAGCAGUGGGCAAAUUUGAGAAUGAGGGCGGAUAACACAAGCGUUGUUACUUUGAUGCUCGAUCCACCUGGCCCUCCUAGAUUUCAGGUGAGACAGCAAAAAGGCAGAUUGGCAACAACGAGUCCAGCCCACAGGAGGGACAGAAACACUCUGAUGGAAGACCCAGAGGAAAGUGCUGAGGACCUGGACGUCUUGCAAGACAGCCCUUUAGAUUCCCCACCUCUAACUCCAGAGGCUGCUCCUCCAAAUCAGGAGUCUGCAGUUCUCACAAACACAACGGUGCCCCUUCUGAAUUCGAAGGAACCCCUUCCUAGCAAAACUGUCCGGGGUGCUGUCUUGCCUGAGGACGGCAAAGCCAAAAAGCGUCACCUCCAUCCAGCUGAUUCAGUUCCUGCUAAAAGGAGGCUAGGCCUUGGUGAGAACAGAGGGCGGCCGGAAAAAGGUACAAAGUCGCUGCCACUAGUGCAGAGAGAGCUUCGCUCCAGCAGUGUGCCCCUGAGGAAGAGAUUACGACCGUCGAUAGCAGUCAAAUGACAACUCUCGCUCGGAGCAAGAGCGUAUGGUCUGUGAUACAUCACGUGCCUCAUCGCCUGUGUUGUCUGUUUGUUGCAGACCACCAUUUGUUGCUAUUUACUACAACUCACUUGCAUCUCUUUCUCUCUCCUCACUCAAUAUAGAAAGUAAAACUCAAGAGUACCUCCGACCGUAUUAGAUGUUAUUUGUAAAUUAUUUAUAUCACUACGAACAGUUUUUUGGCACACAAACUAUUUACUAAUGUAAAAUUGAAAUGUAUUGCUGCCCCAGCUACUGGGGUGCCAAUUAAAAUGUCUCAGCCGCUUCCUAUGUUACAGUUUGCAUGGGAGGUCGGCUUUUAAUUUAUUGUUUGAAGACGACAUGACAAUAUAGUUCAUAGGUUUAUGAAUAUUUUUUGUUACCAAUUCGUGGUAAUGCGUCUGUUGUGCAAAGUGGGAUGGGAGACAUCCCAAAUAACAAAAAUGUCGUAUUUUUAUAUUAAACUAAUAAAGAAAAUGCAAGAUUUGAAUCCGUAUUUGUAAAAA